UCUGCGAGGUUGAGUACGCUACUCAUACAGAGGGCGAGGAUCUCCUCGCCCUUCAGCUAUUUAUAUAUAUAUAUAUAGAGAGAGAGAUCGAUAUGGAGAAGGAUGGCGACAAUGUUAUGGUGGUGGUUGCUGCCGCCGCCGCCACUACCAUCUCUCCGGCGAAAUCUGAAUUAGGGAAGAAGAAGAAGAAGAAGGCGAAGAAGAAGUUUAGCAUCAUCCGCGCCACCUUCAUCGCCAUCCGUCGUUUCUUCUCCAAGAACAAGCCCCGCAUCGGCAAGGAGAUUGCCAUCCUGAAACCCAGCAACGGCGGUGACGGCGUGCUGAAGGGCCUCGGCUUCGUCGGGACGGUUCGCCCUCUGUGUCUCCAGGGUGAUCAUCGCAGCCAGAGUUUGCCGCCUCUUCUGCCCCCGCCGCCGCCCUCCGGGCACGAGGCGUUCCACGACGUGUGCUCCCCGCCGCACGCCCCUUCCCCCUCGCACGAAGAUUGUAUCAGCCGCUACGCGUCUGCGGAGGACCUGCAGGCGCUUGACGAUCCAGCGGUGGAGGAGGGAAGCAGCGGCGGAGGCGAUGGGGCUCCGAAAGUGGUCGACGAGUGGGCUGAGGAGUUCAUCGCCAAGUUCUACCACCAGAUGUGUCUUCAGCGUCAGAAUUCCGUGGAUGAUCGCGAAGAGGCCCAGGAAGACAAGACCAUCUGAUCGUGAUCGUUGUUCUAUGCGUGCGCUGAAUCAAAGAACGAUCGAGAGCAUAAAUUGUUGCAUGUGUCCCAA